GCAGCUCCGGGGCUGUGGGCGGCGGCCGACGGGCGAUGGGGAUGUGUCUGCCCUGUCUGGGCGGCGCCACCGAGGACGUGGUGCAGACCCCCGACCCGGACACAAGAAGGAAACAAUUAGCUGACGCUGCAGAAAAGCGACAGAAAGAGAACGUGCACAGGGGCGUUAAGAAUCCAGAAGCAGUGGAACGAAAGAAGAGGAAGCAGGAAGAGAUGGAAAAGCAGCAGAUGAACACCUCGUCUUCGGGUGGAGGUGGCCUCAGGUGGCAGGUUGGGUAAAGGAUGCGAAGAGCUGAUGCCCGGAUUGAGAACCGCCGAUGCAGCGUGACCUUGCCAGCCCCCCCCCCCCCAGAUCACAGAGUUGUUGAUGUUCUCCGCGUGGCUUUCAGUGUCGUGUGGUUAGAGCCAUCCAGAAAUGUGCCAUGCUACUUCACGUUGAAUGUCGCCUACCAAGCGCUUUCUGUGCCCCGAUAGGAAAGUACAAUGUCUCUUGCAACUUAACAACCUGCCUGUUAAUGUAUCAUUCGGCUAAUCCAGACUGUGAAGACCAAAGAUACUAGAGCUCCUCUAUAAUCUUUGGUGAAGACUGCACUCCGCCUGGAUGUUAAUUGCCCUGAGUCCUUUACAUUGCUCCUGCUUUACCGGAGAUUAUAUUGCCAGAGGUGGACAAAAAUGCUGGAGGAACUCAGCGGGUUAUGCAGCAUCUACGGAGCGAAGGAAAUAGGCGAGGUUUC